AUGGACCCCAAAGAUCAUAAGGGUGUGGAUCGACUAUCACGAGUUCGAGAUAACCAGCGCAAAAGCCGGGCUCGCAAGCAAGAGUACGUGAAAGAGCUAGAACAGCGCCUGGCAGCAUGCGAAGAAAAAGCCAAGCAGGAUGACAUCCAAUCCCGACUCAUGACCCAGAAAGUCGAAGCCGACAACCGGCACCUUAAAGCUCUUCUGGGGAAACUCGGUAUUACCCCGGGAUUCAUUGAGCAAUAUCUGCAACAAGCCAGUGCAGCAGUUGUGAACGGGAAGAUUGCUAUCCCCGCUGCCCAACGGCCAGAAGACAGCCCGGAAUCUCGACCGGCCGCGGAGACACAGCGCGUUUCUGGUUCCCCACAGACCGAGAAGGUCGCUGAAAAUACCAACGAGUCAACAGACAAGGCAAAGCAAGAGAGCACAGACCCGUCAUUUUGUGGCUGUCAAUCCGAGGGACAGACGACAAGUGAUGAGGAUGUACUCAACUCAACGCUCUGUGCCAUUGCCGAGGAAAUGAUCAAUCAGUACAACACCAAAGGAGUCGAUGUGGAAGAGAUCCGCCAGAGAAUCUGGUCUGGGUUCCGAGCUGGUGUGGACGGCACCGGUUGCAGAGUGCAAAAUCAUGUCCUGUUCCAAGUUCUGGACGAUAUCAGCCACUAG